AUGGGUGAAAAGAGAAAAUCUGAUGCUUUCAAAGCAGCAUCUGAACAUUGGGCCAAAAGAUUUAAAAACGAAUCCGAACGAGUCCAAGAUGAUAGUGCGCACCACGAGGAAACAAAGCCAUUAGGGAAUAAUUCAACAACAGUAUCAUGUUUCUCGUCUCAGAUUAAGCUUUUGCAUAAUCCAAGUUAUCCUGAACAAGACCUUACGCGUGUCAAUCAGGAUACAGUUCGAAUUCAUGACUUAAUUGGAUCGCUGGAAUUGAAGGAAACAUAUCAGUUUAAUUUUAAUGUGGACCUCCCUUUCUUUCUAUCGUUUUUGCAUCCUACGUUUACAGCCAGGAAAAGAAAAUUGGUUUUCAUUACAGGGAAUAAAUUGUUAGACUCUGCUGACGAAGAGACAAAGUCAAUUAAAUCGAGCUACAAUAUUCUGGAAGUACAGGCAAAUAUACCGAGUAGGUUUGGUACUCAUCAUACAAAGAUGAUGAUCAACUUUUUUCAUGGCAAUUCGGCUGAAGUGAUUAUCAUGUCUUGCAACUUGACAAAGCUUGAUUUUGGUGGUUUGACGCAAAUGAUUUGGCGAUCGGGGCGAUUGGCUCGUGGGAAUACCACAGGGACAAAAAGUAUAAAGUUUAAAAGCGAUUUGAUUGGGUAUCUACGCACAUAUGAGAAGCCUCAAAUAGAUACUCUUGCUACAGCAUUGGAAACAUUUAGUUUUCUGGGAAUUGACGUCGACUUAAUUGCAUCAUCACCAGGACAUUAUGAUCUAAACAAUGAAGAACCUCAUUAUGGGUAUGGAAGCCUAUUUGAUGCAUGCAAGCGCAAUGACCUCUUGAUUGAUAAUAGGGAUAAGUCUCACCAUUUCAACGUUUUGGCUCAAACAUCUGCAAUUUCAUAUCCGUUUGCGGUUGAGAAGGGCGCCACCGCAGGGGUAUUUACACAUUUGCUUUGUCCAAUGCUAUUUUCAAAAAAUGAAAAGUUUUGCUUGUUGGCUCCAGGUGCCCAAAGCUUGCGUCGUCAUCAACUGAAACAUAAUUAUACACCAUCCAUUGUCUUUCCCUCAGUUGAUGAAGUUGCUGCUAGUACUGUUGGUUUUGCUGCCGGCCAAGCUAUCCACUUCGAUUACUCGCGAUCUUAUGUUCACAAGAAUUAUUAUAACCAAGCAAUCAAGCCUUAUCAUAAAAAAUGGGAUUCGGGCGAUGUUAAAGUAUUUACAGGAAGAGAAAGGGUGAUGCCACAUGUGAAACUAUACAUGUGCGAUAAUGGUGACAAUUGGGAAACCAUUAAAUGGUGUUAUAUGGGAAGUCAUAACUUGUCCAAGCAGGCUUGGGGUAGUAGAAAAGGUAACAAGUUUGUUAACAAUGAUCCCAGUCAGUAUGAAGUAAAUAGCUACGAGUUGGGUAUUCUCGUAACACCUAGACCGAACACCAAGAUGAAGCCGAGCUAUCUUAGUGAUGCAGGUACUGAAGGUGGAGUGACGUAUAUUCGAAUGCCGUUCAAACUUCCACCAGCUGCUUAUUCUGACAACGACAAGCCUUGGAGUGGGCACGUGUCAUAUGGCGAGUUGCAGGAUAAUAAAGGGAAUACCUACAACCUAGUUUGA